AUGGCUGGAGGGAUUGUGUCGACAGUUGUCCGAGUCGGCGACAUAUCUUACUACAUGCACCCUUUAAAUCUUUCUGGCUCUCACAUACCGAUCUUUGGCCGCGAUACGAUUGGCGAAGCGUGUACCAUUCUUACGGUUGAUUGUCACUUUCCUAACGUGGCUGAGCUCCAAGCCAUUUUGGAUGAUUUCAGGACCAAAGAUGACGUCUGGUCGCGGGAUUUCAUUGGGACCAUAAUUGUCCAGACAACCGACAUUGACCUUAAACUCACGGCAAACGACAAGGAUAUUCUUCGUAGCCUCGGGGCUAACGAUACACGUCUAAUCUACAAUGACGCAGCGGACGUUCAGCUUCCUCAGGGUCCUUAUUUUUUGCAUCACGGUCAGCUUUACCAAGCCUAUCGGUUGUACCCGGAUACUGCAGAUGCCUUUAUAGUGGCCACAGUUCCAGAUAAUGGCGAUGGCUUUCGAUCUCUUGAUGCUUCUGCGUACGGAGAACAGUUUCCAUCGGCUCUCACUGUCGCCGUACCCUCUCGCCUAUACUAUACCAAAUCAUGCGAGAAGCCGUACGUGGGCUUGCGCAUAGCUAUAAAAGACAUUAUAGACUUGAAAGGGCUCAAGACUGGAGCUUCCUCGCGUGCCUACACCGAGCUCUAUCCACCCAAAACAGAAAGCGCGGAAACAGUCAAGCGGCUUAUCGACUUGGGCUUUGUGAUAGUUGGAAAGCUAAAGACUACACAAUUUGCCGACUCAGAAUGGCCAACAAGUGACUGGGUCGACUAUCAUGGGCCCUGGAAUCCACACGGAGAUGGCUAUCUCACGCCCAGUGGAAGUAGUGCUGGAAGUGCUUCUGCCGUAUCCACGUAUAAGUGGCUUGACAUGUCCUUGGGAACAGACACUUUGGGGAGUAUCAGAUCCCCUUCGGCGGCUCAGGGAAUUUUCGGAAUGAGGCCCACGCUUGGAGCCGCAAAUACCACUGGCUUAGUGCCGUACAGCUCCAAUUGGGAUACGAUUGGUGGAUUUGCCCGCACGGCAACGGAGUUCAAGACUCUCGCACAAGCACUCUACGGCUCUGCGGAGACACAUGACAAAGUUUACGAGAAGCCAACAAAGCUUAUCUACUUGACCGACUACUGGCCAGUCAACCAUGAAGAAAGCCAAAAGGUCAUGGAAAGUUUUAUCACUUGGAAAAGAACCCGUCCAGAAGGAACCGACGAAUCCAUCAGCGACUAUUUUCAUCACGCCUUCGACUGGUCUGCCAAUCGUGAUCAGUGGACAGGGCUUCUCAAACCGUUCAUCGAAGAAUACACGGAUAAGAUGGGUAAACCACCUAUUCUCAACCCACAGGUUCGAUUCAAAGUGGGAUAUACACCGACUGUAACAGAAGAGCAAAAGGAAGAGGGUGAGAGACUUCUCGAAGUAUACCACGACUGGUUCUAUGAGCAUGUCAUGCCGCCUGCCAAAGAUGGCUACUCUAGCAGCAUCAUCGUUCUCCCCUGGACAAAUGGCGUGCCAAAUUAUCGGGAUACGUAUAAGGACGGGCCGCAAGAAUUUACAGGCCAGGGGUUCUUUUUUUAUAACGUCGGCCCUUAUGCUCAAUGUCCGGAGCUCAUUGUUCCUAUUGGUUCCACGCCAUAUGACUCAAAUCUCACUCAACGGGAAGAACAACUUCCUGCCGCCGUUGGAUUCAUAGCUGCUAGAGGCAGCGACAUUAUGCUAGCUGAUUUCGUUAGUAAACUCUUCGAAGAUUCACAUGCUAUCAUUGAAUCAGAACAAGAACAAGCCCGUCUUGCUUAG